AUGUUUUUCCUUCCCAUUUUGGUUCGCGAACGACUCAACCAAAUCUAUGUUGAUGGCGUAGUCAAUUCUCUGGACAUCAAGGCCUUUCUUGAUGAUUUCAACUCCCAGAACACCGCACAGAUUACCUUGGCAGGGGUCAUCAUGGCGGUUGAUGCUGGUUUCCUUGCCGUCCAAGGUAUAGGUACAGGGACGGUUUCUGAGUCUAUUUUGAAGGGGUCCAUUAUAUUUUGUGUUGGCUGCAUGUUCACAGGCAUGUUUGCACAACACUUUGGAGAGAAAUUGAAAUCCCUGAGAUUUGUGGCAUAUUACCUUGAUCAGGGAAUGACAGUCGUCCUUGGCGUGUUCAGCGCACCAAGAUUCUUUGGUAUUAUGAGGCAAGUAAAUGUUUGA